AGCUGCGGACGAUGGCGACCUUUGAACCCAUGGAAGUGCCGACGACUUACGGCGUGACGUACAUGUCCGAAGUUUACGUCGCCGGCUUCUGCACCAUUUCGAUCUCCGUAUUGAUCGUAUAUGAAUACAUCAUCACAAUCGCGGACGAGGUCCGUCAUUUCUGGCACGGAAGGUUUACGGGAUCCAAGAUUCUAUUCUUCAUGAACCGUUAUGCGCUCCUGUCACAUGGGGUACUCAGUCUAGGCACGACGGUAUCCCUCAACACUGCAGGUUGCGCCGAUGCCACUGUUUUACUCAGCCUUUGCAUAUUUAUCUUGUAUGCCACCGAAGCAGUGUUUGCUGCCAUGCGAGCCUUUGCAAUCACUGGCUACAACUGGCCAACGGCGCUUUUCGUUCUGGCGCUCGGCUCGAUUCCAGUUUGGGCCAACGUCUAUCUAAUCACCAGGACUAGGUACUUCGUGGAGAGAUUUGGGAACGUGGUAGCAUGCGCAAACACGCUGGAUGUCUCCGCCGACUCCUACUUUACAGAUCAUAUACCAGCAUACUAUUCAGCGAUCAUUGUAGGUGCCCUUGGCAGCAUCUUAUCUGAUGCUCUCGUGCUCGUUAUCACCUGGUGGAAGCUUUGGGGGUUCAAGAGAGCGGCGGAUCGCGCACGGGUAUCGACACCCCUCGUAGCCGUUAUUCUCCGAGAUGGUUCGCUGUACUUCGUUGCAUUAGCGGCCCUGAACAUCGUACAAACACUGGUCCAGAUUUAUGCAAAGGAUACGGCCUAUUUUUAACUCCGUACGCAUGAGACGAACGCUUGUUCCCCAAGCUGAGAUUGGUAGUUGACGUUUCUUCACAGGCUCCCGGCCGUCUGUAUCUCGCGGUUUCUUUUCGACCUACACUCCAAAUCAGGCUCGUCAGUGCUCGCAACAACCGCUUCCGAAUUGGAGACAGUCCAUAGUGGAAGCCUGCACAUCGCUCCGAUUGGCCGUAUUGCAUGGGACAGCGAGUCGUCGGUGGCCGCAACCAAGGCUGCAAGCUCUCUACGAUUCGUCCGCACGGACAUCAGGCCAAUGUCUCCUGGUUAUCAACUCUCAAUUUCGCUUACCACGGACCAAUGCGUUUCUCGGAUCCCCCACCCCGUACCUCGUGAUGGGGGCACCCCGGCUCUGACGAGAAAUGUUGCAAAUAAACAGUGCCAUGGCGGCUUAUUGUAAGCUCGACGUGUCUGUAGCUUGAUGCACUACGAGCGC